UAUAUACACGAAUAUCUUUAGACCUUGAUUAAACACCAUGUCCUCAAAGAUUAAUAGUAAUUUCAUGAGGAUCAUUGUAGCAUGCAGGUGGAUUCUCUGGCUUGUACAAUUGGUUGCUUCUCAAGCCUCAAUUGAGGAAGCAAUAGCUCUCUUGAAGUGGAAAUCCAGCCUUGAGAACCAAAGCCAAGUUGUGUUGUCAUCUUGGAAGAACGGGACAAGUCCUUGCAGAUGGGGAGGAAUUCAAUGUGAUCAUUCCAAUUCCGUCGCAAUCAUGAAUCUUGAAAAUCUUGGACUCAAAGGUACACUCCACAGUCUCAGCUUCUCUUCAUUCCCCAACCUCCUCAGCAUAAACAUAUACAACAACUUUUUCCAUGGAACCAUUCCCCCACAGAUUAGUAACUUGUCAAGAGUUAAUCACUUGAACUUUUCUCAAAAUUCCUUUGAUGGUUCAAUCCCUAAAGAAAUGUGGACCUUGAAGAGUCUAGAGAGGCUUGAUCUUUCCUUGUGUCAUCUAAGCGGACAAGCAUUGGCCGCUUCCAUUUCAAAUCUAUCCAACUUGUCAUUUCUUGAUAUAUCUGACAAUUACAAUCUGUCUGGCCACAUUCCUCCUGAGGUUGGAAAAUUGAACAAACUUUUUCGGCUCUCUAGCGGAAGAAAUAAAUUAUUUGGCCCCAUUCCGAAAGAAAUUGGAAUGUUGACAAGCCUCUGGUAUCUUGAUUUGCAAGGAAACACUCUCUCAGGUACUAUCCCCUCUACAAUUGGCAACAUGACUAAUUUGCAACAACUUUACCUUGCUAAUAACACUCUCUCAGGCAUAAUCCCACCCUCCAUUUGGAACAUGUCUAACUUGACCCUUCUUUGGGUCAAUAAUAAUCAACUUUCCGGAUCAAUCCCUGCUUCCAUAGAUAACUUGACCAAUAUGGAUGACCUCACACUCGAUAAAAACCACCUAUCUGGAUCCAUUCCUUCCACAAUUGGAAACAUGACAAAGCUCAACAAAUUGUUUCUGCGCCACAACCAGUUUUCUGGAUCAAUUCCUGCCUCUUUAGGUAACAUGAACAAUUUGAAAGUCCUCAGCCUUCAAGACAACAACCUCUCCGGAUUUAUUCCGGCCACUAUUGGCCAGUUGCACAAACUCUACCUCCUAGAGUUGUCCUUCAAUAAACUUAGUGGCAACAUUCCACAGGCCAUUAAUAACAUUAGCAACAUUAAGUUUUUUCAAGUAGAAGAAAAUAAUCUCACCGGACACCUGCCUCCUCAAAUUUGCUCUGGUGGAUCAUUAAAGACCUUCAAUGCUGAUAACAACCAUUUCACUGGUCCAAUACCAAGUAGCUUGAAGAAUUGCUCUAGUAUCAAAAGAUUGAAGUUACAGGCUAACCACUUGGAAGGAGAUAUAGCACACGAUUUUGGAAUAUAUCCAAAUUUGAUACAUCUUGAUCUGAGUGACAAUAGAUUGUAUGGUCAAAUUUCACCAGAAUGGGGAAAAUCCGAUAAUCUCGAGAACAUGAUCCUAUCCAACAAUAACAUCACUGGUGUUAUACCGCUACAAAUUGCUGAGGCUGCCAAGUUAGGCAGGCUUCACCUUUCUUCAAAUCAUUUGACUGGAAAGAUUCCAAAAGAACUGAGGAAGAUGAAAAGCCUGUUUGAACUGAAGAUCAGCGACAAUCAUCUUUCAGGAAAUAUUCCAACAGAACUAGGAUCGUUGCAGAAUCUGGCAAUCUUGCACCUAGCAGGGAAUGAGUUGAGCGGCAACAUACCAACAGAAGUUGUGCAGUUACCCAACUUGUUGGAAUUGAACUUGAGCAACAACAAACUACAGGGAAGCAUCCCCUCUGACUUCCCCUCGUUGCAGCCUCUCGAAUCUCUUGAUCUUAGUUGGAAUUCAUUCAAUGGAACAAUACCCACAGUGCUUGGAGAGAUAAAGCAAUUGAAAUAUUUAAACCUCUCACACAAUAAUCUUUUUGGCACAAUUCCAUCUAGUUUUGAUGGUAUGUCAAGCUUAGUUUCUGUCAACAUAUCAUACAACCAGUUGGAAGGGCCACUUCCAGAUAACAAAGCCUUUCUUCAUGCUUCAUUUCAGUCACUGAAAAGUAAUAGAGGCUUGUGUGGUAAUGUCACUGGCUUGGAGUUAUGCACAACCAACAAUAACCAUAAGAGUCACAAGGUCAUGUUAUUAGUAUUACUUCUUAUCUUUGGAGUCCUAGCACUAGCACUUUGUGUGAUUGGUGUUUCAGUGUAUAUACUUUGUAGAAAAGCAAGAAAGAAAGAAGAGCCAGCUAAAGAAAUGCAACCAGAAGAAAAUUUUUCCAUUUGGAGCCAUGAUGGAAAAAUGGCGUUUGAAACUAUCAUUGAAGCUACCAAUAAUUUUGAUGACAAAUAUCUCAUUGGAAUUGGAGGGCAAGGAUCCGUUUACAAGGCUGAGUUGCCUUCAGGUAUGGUUGUUGCUGUGAAGAAACUUCAUAUGGAAUCAGAUGCAGAGGACAAGUACAAUUUGAGAGCAUUUGAGAAUGAAAUCAAAGCAUUGACAGAAAUGAGGCACCGCAACAUCAUAAAGCUAUAUGGAUUUUGCCAGCAUUCACAGUUCUCAUUUUUGGUUUAUGAGUUCUUGGAAGGUGGCAGUUUGGAUCAAGUACUUGGCAGUGAAGAGCAAGCAAGUACACUUGAUUGGGAGAGGAGGGUGAAUGUGGUUAAAGGAGUUGCAAAUGCUUUGUCAUAUAUGCAUCAUGAUUGCAAACCCCCCAUAGUUCACCGUGACAUAUCAAGCAAGAACAUUCUGUUGGACUCAGAUUAUGAAGCUCAUGUCUCUGAUUUUGGAACUGCUAAGUUUUUGAAACCAGAUUCAAAUUGGACAACACUUGCAGUCACCUAUGGCUAUGGAGCUCCAGAGCUAGCUCAGACUAUGGAAGUGACAGAGAAAUGUGAUGUAUAUAGCUUUGGAGUGCUUUGUUUGGAGAUUCUUAUGGGAAAGCAUCCAGCGGAUCUCAUAAGUUCAUUUUUGUCACCAUCAACAGCAUCAAUAACAUACAAUUUGUUAUUGGUUGAUGUCAUAGAUCAAAGGCCUCCCCAUCCUGAAAAAUCAAUCAUUGGGGGAAUAAUGUUGAUCACAAAGUGGGCACUUGAGUGCUUGAGACAAAGUCCACAAUCUCGGCCAACUAUGCAUCAAGUUUCUAAAGAGCUUAUGAUGGGGAAAUUGCCUUUACCGGAUGACCAAUUUGCUAUGAUCAGAAUUGGACAACUCAAUGAAGAAUGGGAAACUCCACUUAUGUGAUUUAUCAUUUAUGAUCUAAUCUAUUGGUUCAUAUAUAUUUCAUGUGUGUAAUCCAUCCAUAUCUCAAGCUUGUUUUCUUUCUCAGUGUGUAUAAUAUGUAUAUAUGUUGCUUAAAGUCACUUCCUUUCGUUAUGUUUGAUCUGGGCCAUCUACCCCAAUUUGGAGAUGACUCAGAGAUCAGUGGUUUGUAUCCUACCUACCAAAGGAGAUAAGCUUGUUGAGUCAGAAUGCAUGAAUAAAAGUAGAGCAAUGUCAUUUUUAACUUUAUUUUCAAUAGCAGCAGAGAAAAGCUAUUAUUUGCUGUUUUUAGUC